AAAUUAACCAUGACAUGUACUGGAAUUUUUUAAAAAAUUAAAACAAUCAAUUUAAAUAAACAGGAACAUCUAUAUUUUUUUUUGUCAAUAUCAUCCCUUAGCGUAAUUUUAAAAGUAUAAAAAUACUACAGUAAAUUCUCAUAACUUCCUGAAUCCUCAGUAUAAAAUAUCGAAACUCAUUUUUGACAAAACGAAUUUUUACAUUUUCUGUCAGCAAUUUUCGUAAUACGGAAUCGUCUUGAAUUGAUGCGCAUUUAUUUCGAAUUUCGGAGACAUGAAAUUUUUUCUCAAAAACUCCCAAGUAGCAUAGAGACAACUUUAAGAUGUCAUAAAGAUGUUUUUUAAAAGAACAAAACAAAGUUUUUUUAUCUCAUAGCCAAGUUUUUUUAUUUUUAUUCUGUGCUACUUGGAUAUGGGCAAAUAUAUUCUGAAGUUGUAGCCUACUGUCAUUGUUCGUACAAUGUACGAUCAUGCGUACUUUGUUUGUUUCAACUCUAAAAGUCACCAACAAUAAAAAAAAUAUCCAGACGUCUAUGAUUAUUUCUAGACUUUUCGAGUGCAUGUUUGGAUGUAAGCUACAAAAUAAAUUUUGUCUAAUAUAAUCGAUAAAAUAACAAUCGAGAAAAAAUAUGACUUACACCAGCGUUGGUAUAUAAUGAUUAAACGUUCAGUAAAUGUCAUUAGUCACAACAUUUUUGGCUUAUUGUCAGUUCGUUAUUGCAAUCUCCAAGUCUUGACUUAAACUGUAUAAGUAAUAAUUUAUUAGUUAAUACCUAAACAGGAAGUUUGAAAUUAAAAUAGAAGGUGUUCUGUAUCAACAUAUAUUUGAAUUAAUUUUUAAAAAAAUACUAGUCUCUAUUCUCCAUGGUAUUACUGAAUAUUAUUUUGCAUUUUAUAACCGGCAUCAAUUUUUUCCCGCGUAAUUUGAUUGUUUUUUUUUUUUUAAAUUUCAAAUAAUAAUUGCGGAGAAAGGUGACAAUUAUUGCGCACUAAAAUUUAGUUUAAUAAAAUAUAAAUUAGUCUGACGUAAUUGUUUAUAGAUUUAAAAAAUUGUUUAUAAAUUUAAAAUUUAAAAAUGACAAAUAAUUGCAAACAUCGGUCAAUAAAAUUGUAAAUGUCGUUACCGACAUCUAUAAUUCAGCAUUAUCCUGACAGUGCUGCCAACCAGGUGGGAAUUGGCACACCUGGGAAUUUUUCGACGCCUUCUUGAUUACCGCAGAGCCAUCUGAAUUUAAACUUGCUCGUAAUUUUGUAAUGAUGUAACAAGUAUCAAAUACUUAUUGACAAUAACAAUUAAUUGAAUAAAUCUGUUCUCUAUCAUUGAUUUGAAUUUAAAAACUACUUAGAAAAUAUCUUCACCAAUGCUGCUCUGAAAUAAAAUAUAUAUGAAAAUAAAAACUGAAAUAUCUUCUUCUCCAUGGUGUCGGAUAUUUAAAUAAAUGACAGCAGAUUGAGAAAUUGUUUUUGGGAUUCCAAAAAAAUAGAAGCAUAUCAUCAUGUCAGAAAAUCGUUACAUCGUGCAAGGGUGGAAGGUUAAUGAAACUGUCACCGCACCUGAUUCUAUGAAAGUUGAGGGCACCCUGCUGACUUGGGAAAAUUUCAAAGUCACGGUUGAUGUAUAUUCUGAGAGUGUCUCAGACACUUGUCAGUACCUGAAGUCAGUCAUGGAAACCACAGGUUCGAACAGCACGCCUGUGGUUUUCUUGACUGGUCGUACUGGGGCUGGGAAGUCUUUGACUCUCUUUGGCAGCCGUAAUUCCAGCCAACUGGGUCUCAUCAAGACAUGGUUUGCCGGUGUCCCUGAGACCGAUAUCGAGCUUCGUGUGCAAGAAUGCUACAAGGGCGGAUUCAGGGACUUAGUGAAUUUUGAGCAAAAGCCAAAGUUCACUAAGGACAGCAUCCCUGAAGUUAUGCUGCGGUCGACGGACUACUCAAAGAUUGGCAGAGUCCUUCAAAACGCCCUCAAGGCCGAUAACUCGGUAAACAAGAGUUCAACUCGGGGAAUUCUCGUUUUGCAACUUAAAAACACCAAGACGAACUCCAAGUUAUUUGUGGUCGACAUGCCGGGACUGGAACGCCAGGAGCGUGACCGAUCCAAGUCACCGGCCAACACAACGACCAAGGCUGUGGAGCCAGAAACAAGGUGGAUUUCGUGCCUUACUUACGAAUUCAAUAAUUUUAUCAACCCUAUACCUGGUACAUCCAAAACGUCUCCCUUAUGGCAGGACAUUGAUGCCAUGCUACCCUUUCCAAGGGUCCAGUUCGUAAUAGCAUGCAUCAAAAGGCCAUACAAUCGGGAGAACGUUUAUUCUACUUUAAUAUUUCUACAUGACGUAAAAAGAUUACAACAGCAUGGACAUAUUCUUGGAAGUGGAAGGCGAAUGAUCUCCCCGGCUCGAGUAGAUCCUCCUGUUGGAUCUAGCAGGAGCAAUUUCCUUGCUGUCCCUGGUGUUGCAGUAGAUUCAACAAAGGAUGAAGAAAUCAAACUGUUGAAAAUUCAGUUGGCACAAAAGGAUGCGAGAAUAAAGGAGUUGGAACUUAGAAACACCGAGUUAGAAAAAUUGCUACUGCAGCAACCACCUGCACCACCAUCACCACCGCCUGUACCACAAUCACCACCGCCUGGACCACAAUUACCACCGCCUGGACCACCAUCACCACCGCCUGGACCACAAUCACCACCGCCUGCACCACAAUCACCACCGCCUGGACCACAAUUACCACCACCUGGACCACCAUCACCACCGCCUGCACCACAAUUACCACCGCCUGCACCACAAUCACCACCGCCUGGACCACAACCGUUACCACCUGGGCCUGGUCAAGCUCAUGCACAGGACGAAAAUGAAGCUCUAUUAAUGCGUCUGGGUCUUGACGACCUGGAAAACUGUCCGCGCAUAAAAAUAGGACAGAGCUUCCCGUUGUGCGCUGUCGAUAAUCCUGCUGCUUUAAAAAGAGUAAAAUUUCUAAACUAUUUGGCUCCAGUCAAUCAAGGAAUCAAAUAUUGUUGGUGUAAAGAAUGCAAUAAAGAGGUGCAAUCUUACCAUGCCCCUACCCAUGUGUGGGUAAAACAUCUUGGGCAUAAAUUGAUCUGUGACAUCGAUGGUUGCAAGGAAGAAUUUACUUCGGUAACUUCUAUCAAAGACCAUCGAAAAGCAGAUCACAAGCGAAAGGCUAAGAUUUAAGGCAAAAAAACUUUAUCUUGUUCUUUUAAAUGACAUCUUCAUGACAUCUUAAAAUUGUCUCUGUGCUUCUUGGGAGUUUUUAGAAAAAAACUUUUAUGACUUAGAAGUUCUAAAUAAAUGCGCAUCAAUUCAAGAUGAUUUCGUAUUACGAAAAUUGCUGAAAGAAAAUGUGAAAAUUCGUUUUGUCAAAAAUGAGUAUCGAUAUUUUAUACUGAGGAUUCAGGAAGCUAUGAGAAUUUACUGUAGUUUUCUGAUAUUUUUAAAAUUACGUUAAGGGAUGAUAUUGACAAAAAAAAUUUAGAUGUUCCUGUUUAUUCAAAUUGAUUGU